AUGGGCUCGAAUAAUAGUUUUUCUCUUUUGAUUCCCUUCUCUCUGCUGCUUUUGUUGAUUCUUGAUUCAGCACCUCUCACAGCUUCAAGGUCUUGUUCAGGCGAAUGUGGAGGAAUCGAGAUCCCUUACCCCUUUGGAGUGGGAGAGGGUUGCUAUCUCGAGAAAGCGUACGAAAUUACAUGUGGUAAUACCUCCAUUUCAGGGAAGGUCGUCCCAGUUCUUUCCAUACUUGGCAAGGACGUUGUGAAUAUCUCUCUUCCAAGGUCAAUCCGUAUAAAGAAUCCGAUAACUUCAAGGGGAUGUUCAAGCGACGGAGAAGACGACUUUGAAUCACUUUUGAAUUUGACGGGUACCCCUUUUUACGUUGGCUCCAGUAAUUCAAUGGUAGCGUCUGGCUGCAACAACACGGCAUUGCUGACAAAUGUCGAGCCAACCGUGGGGGGAUGCAAAUCUAGCUGCGGUCUAACAUACCAUACGCCUACUAAACAUUUUAUUGCAACAGCUGCUUGCAAUGAAGAUUAUGGCUACGAAUACGACGCGUAUUGUAGUGAAAGAAGCAGCACUUUAUAUGAAAAAAGCUGCAGCAGCGGCGUUGGAUGCUGCGAGAUAAGCAUGCCUGAUUUGGGCCACCAGAUUGUUGGUGUCAGAAUAGAUAACACCACGACAACGGGAGGGUGCAAAGUUGCCUUCUUAACAGACGAGGCAUACUCUUUGUCAAAUGGAUCUGAUCCGCACAGGUUUCAUGCUGAAGGAUAUAGUACGGUUAAGCUAACAUGGUUCAUCGAUACGGCAAAUCAUUCUUUUGUUGACUCUCUGGGAUGCUAUGGUAUGAAAGAGUACAUGCGUCUAAGGGCAAGCUCAUCAUAUGAAAGCAUUUACGAAAAAAAUUGUGCGUGCGAUUACUAUGAUAAUUCUUCAACCUAUAGCUGCACAUGCACUCAGGGUUACAGGGGCAACCCAUACGUUCCGGGCGGAUGUAAAGGUUAG